GACCAGAUCGCCCUCUCGCUGCAUUGCAGGGGUCAAAGCACAGCCGACCGAUCCUGGCUCGAAGAUCAAGCCGAUAUGGGCAAUGCUGCCGCGUCGUAUAUGCUCGUUCAAAUCAUCCAGCCCGAACUCUUCGAGAUGCUACGUUACGAUCGACCCGAUAGCCACAAAAUGGCGCUGUUCGAUGCAGCUUUUGAACGAUGCAGUUUGAUUGUGCAGUUUCGUCUGGCUCAGGACCUUCAACAUCGGUUCGACCUCGACGACUUUGACGAACCAUAUCCCUCCAAGAUUAUGGAGCUCCACAAGAAGGUGGCGGAACAUGGACUUGCCCAGGCUCAAAUGGUCCUCGGCCAAUGUUACGAGAACGGUGAUGGUGUCGGACAGGACUACAGCAAAGCAAUAGAGUGGUAUUCGAAGGCCGCAGACCAGGGCAGCGAAGAUGGCCGUCUGCAUCUUGUGUUCUUGCACGCUUGGUUCUCGUUCAUCGGUCACGGCGUCGAACAGAGCGACGAAGUUGCCCUCGCUCACUGGCAGGAGAUCAGUACCCAUUCCACGAACCGGGACCUCAAGUCCAUCGCCACCCACAUGGUCGGAUGGAUGCACUACCUCGGCCGGGGCACCCAACAGGACAAGCAGAAGGGCAUCAAGAUCAUCCGAGAGAAUAGGUCGCAGUUCUUCCCGCUCGGCGAAGAUGAAUGUCUUGCUGGACGCAAUUGUAUGUUCUCCGACUAUUAUGCAUCUCGCAAGUUUUUUGAAAUGUGCAAACUCGGUGCGGAGCACGAUUGGCUAUGCGCACAUCUCAUGGCGGUCUGUCAAAUCCAAGGAUUUGGAACGCUUCCCGAUCGAAGUAAGGACACCAAGCGGGUGUUCGAACAACUCGCCGACACGGGGAUGUAUAGCGAAGCGAUGGUCUGGCUUGGAAGGUGCUUUCAGAAUGGCUGGGGUGUAGGUGAUGUUUGCAAGGAGAUGUCGCUGCAUUGGUUCACCAAGGCGGCUGAACUCGGCAACUCGUAUGGGCAGUGGAUGGUUGGCGAGUGCUGCCUCCAUGGCCAUGGUGCCGAACGAGAUCCCGUCAAGGCGCUCGAUUGGCUUCACAAGUCCGCAGAUCAGCACAACCAAUACGCACAGCAUGCGCUUGGGGGCUACUACAACGAUCGUUUUCACAAAAAUUCGAAUCUUGCUAUUUUAUACUAUUCAUCAGCAGCAGAGCAAGGGCAUGAGAAUGCCAAACGGGUGCUCAAGAAGCUCACCCGCAGCCGCCGCCCCAGCGAGCGGGGAAUGGCGUCAAAGCAAGUCGGGCCGUCGUAAUGUAUUCGUUGAAUACAUUCCAAGAGUGGAAUAGGUUCCAAAGA